AUGGCUGCGUUUGGCUCGCUGGCUCUCUCGUGGGACAGUGAUGCCGGCGUCGCCGCCUCCGCCGGCGGUGGUGCAAAUGAUUUACGCCCCCGUUGUUCCGGUCACAGUGCUCUGAAGAAGUUCUCUUUUGUGGCUAUCUUUCCACGGUUUCUGAAACCAUCGUUUGACGGACUGCCAUUCUGGUCGCUGCACACAAGUGGAACAAUAUCAAGGUUCUUUCAUGUAAAAUUUCUAUUUUUUUGUAACGGAUUCUUUGCUUUCCAGUUCAUCGUCCUCGCCGUCGUCGUGGCCGUGGCUAAGGCCGGCUACCUGGGCGCCCCCGCCGUGGCUGCCUACGGCGCACCCGCCUACGGCUACGGUGGCUACGCCGCCCCCGCCUACGCGCACGGUGGCUACGCCUCCCCCGCCAUCACCUCCCAGCACUCCAACAUCCUGAGGACGCCCGGCAACCUGGGACAGGUGUCCACCUACUCCAAGACCAUCGACACGCCCUACUCCAGCGUCUCCAAGUCCGACGUGCGCGUCAGCAACGACGCCCUGGCCUACGGCGCCGCCUACCACGCGCCCGCCUACGGAGCGUACGCCGACCCCGCCCUGGCCGCCCACACCUACGCCGCCCCCGCCCUGGCCGCCCACGCCUACGCCGCCCCCGCUCUGGCCGCCCGCGCCGUCGCCCCUGGUCUCCUGGGCGUGGCUUACUCCGCCGCCCCCGUCGUCUCCCACAUGACCUACAGCAACGCCUACGGCAUCCACUACACCUACUAA